UUUUAUUUCCCGUCUCUGUUCCACUUUAUUUUCUUUCAUCAUAAGUCCAGUCUACAAUCGAGAGUCGCCGGUUAUCGUUCAAGAUGACCGCAAUAAUUUCAUGGAUCUGUUUUUGCGCGUUGCUUUCAGGAAUUCGUGCUAGUCAACAUUUAAAAAAAGACGGAUUUCAGAAUACAUUGGGACACUUGAGACCAAGAACAUCGUCAGAGGUUCAAGAAAAAACAGUGAAAGAUUUGAUUGAAAGAUUAUUGGGAAAGGAUUUAGUUAAUUUAUUCGAUGUUCACGUUGAUCCUGAUCUCGGUCCAUCGGAAAAAGACACUUUUCAGAUAAAGAAAAAUGAUCUUGGUGUAAUAGAAAUUCGUGGUACUUCUGGAGUGACCGUAGCAUGGGGUUUGCAUUAUUAUUUAAAAAAUUAUUGCAACGUUCAUAUUUCCUGGGAUGGAAAUCAAAUUGAGUUGCCUCGUACUUUACCGGAUGUUCGUGUCACAAUUACGUCAAAUGAUAGAUUUAGGUAUUAUCAGAACGUAUGUACGUUGGGUUAUAGUUCAGUUUGGUGGCAAUGGGAUCAAUGGGAACAAAAUCUCGAUUGGAUGGCCCUUAAUGGGAUUAAUUUAGCUUUAGCAUUUAUCGGGCAAGAAGUAAUCUGGGAAAGAGUUUAUCUCGAAUUGAAUUUAACCAAAGAUGAGAUAGACGAGCAUUUUGGUGGUCCUGCUUUUUUACCUUGGUCUAGGAUGGGUAACAUUCGUGGAUUUGGUGGACCAUUGACUGAUCAUUGGAAUUACAAAAGUUUACGAUUACAACAUCGUAUCCUUCAAAGGAUGAGAGGACUCGGAAUAAUCCCUGUAUUACCUGCUUUUGCUGGUCACGUGCCAAGAGCCUUUGCCAAAUUAUUUCCAAACGCCAAAAUGACCAAGAUAGAUAGCUGGAAUAAAUUCGAGGACAAAUUUUGUUGUCCUUACUUAUUGGAUCCCAUGGAUGAACUGUUUCAAACUGUUGGUGAAAUGUUUUUACGUGCGUACAUCGAAGAAUUUGGAACGGAUCAUAUAUACAAUUGCGAUACUUUUAAUGAAAACGAACCUGGUAGCAGUGAAUUAACUUAUUUAGGAAAUAUUUCGAGAUCGAUAUUCUCCGUCAUGAAUAGCGUAGAUCCUCAAGCUAUAUGGUUGAUGCAAGGAUGGUUGUUCGUUCAUGAAUUAACUUUCUGGACCGAGCCCAGGGUUAAAACAUUUUUAACUUCGGUUCCAAUAGGGAAAAUGAUAGUAUUGGAUCUACAAUCGGAACAAUUUCCGCAAUACGGAAGAUUAAAAUCAUAUUAUGGUCAACCAUUUAUUUGGUGUAUGUUGCAUAAUUUUGGUGGUACUUUGGGAAUGUUUGGUUCGGCAGAAAUUGUUAAUAAACAAGUGUUCGAAGGAAGAAAUAUGGCAGGUAGUACAAUGAUAGGAACAGGUCUAACACCAGAAGGCAUUAAUCAAAAUUACGUCAUUUACGAAUUAAUGAAUGAAAUGGCUUAUCGUCGUGAUCCCGUUGAUCUUGAUUUAUGGUUUGGAAAUUACGCUAUUCGUAGAUACGGUGCAUGGAACGAGUAUGCUAUAAAAGCUUGGAAAAAUCUCGGUAAAAGUAUUUAUAAUUUUGUCGGAUUACAAAGGAUUAGAGGAAAGUACGUUGUUACCAGACGCCCCAGUUUAAAACUUUCCCUAUGGACUUGGUACGAUCGUGAGAAAUUUUUUAAUACUUGGAAUACCUUUAUGAUGGCACGAUUUGGAAGAUGUAACAGUACAUUGUAUAAACACGACGUGGUCGAUUUAACAAGACAAGCUUUACAAUUGAUAGCCGAUCAAAUUUACAUUGACGUGAUUGAUUCGUUCAAUCAAAAAAAUCUUAUAACACUUCGAUCGCAUUCAACAUUGAUGCUCGAAUUAUUUGACGAUCUCGAAAUGAUUCUAGCAUCGAGUAAAGAUUUUUUAUUAGGCAAUUGGUUAGAAGCAGCAAAAGCAAUGGCGGAAAUUGGUAAUUUAAAGGAAAUCAAAUUUUACGAAUACAAUGCCAGAAAUCAGAUCACUUUGUGGGGACCAAACGGUGAAAUAAGAGAUUACGCUAACAAACAAUGGUCCGGUGUAAUCGUCGAUUACUUUAAACCACGAUGGAAAAUUUUUCUCGAUGCUCUGGACGAUACUCUGUCGAAAAAAAUCAAAUUCAACGUUACCGAAAUCAAUGAGAAGAUUUUUCGCGAGGUCGAGGAACCCUUUACUAAAUCAAACAAAAUUUAUUCGAAUCAACCGAAAGGUGAUUCUAUCGAAAUUGCAAUGGAAAUGAUAUCCAAAUGGUAUAAACCGAAUCAAAUGAAAAUUCGAGGAUUGAGAAUAUCGUCACGAGUUUGAUACGAAUUCAUCAACUUAUAUAAUUAGAAUUGAAUUUCGUUGAUUAUUUAAUAUAUUAGUCAGUAAUUAUUUUCAUUUCUGAAUAAUCUAACGAGAAAUUUUCAUGAAUAAUUUCGUACUCUGUAAAUGUGUUAUAAAAAUUAUUAAUUUCUAAACAACACAAUAUGUACGUACCUUUUCUAUUGUAAGAUAAAUCAAUUUCGGCAGCAGCUUCCUUGUAAUAAAAUUUGUACCUAAACAAACUGGAUUGAAAAAGAAAAAAAAAAAACAAGAAAAAACUAAUUAAACCAA